AAACAGACGCAUGAGUAAAGGAAUAGAGGGCUACCCCCCUCCUCCUCUCUUCCUCUCCCACUCUUUCUCCUCCAUUGACAGAGCUGAGAGAACGCUCCCCAGGUUAGACAUCCAGACAGACCUCUCUCCACUACAUGGACUAUCUAUCACAGCACACAAAACAGACACCUUCUAUUGUUUCGACUUUCGUUUGGGGGGAAUUGUGUGUGUUUUCCUUAAAAAAAGCUGUCUUUCAAUGCAACAAUGAAGCUUUGUUGGACUUAAGUUUCCACAGAACCAGGAGCCGGUACAUCAGAACGCCGAAGAAGACUUAGGUCCGUUUUCAGAGCGAUCCUGUCGGGUUUUUGGACAGACUGGUUUCCAGGUGCGGUUGCUCCAACAGAGAUGGGCUCAGACGUACGUGACCUCAACGCCCUGCUGCCCCCGGUGCCAGCCCUGCCAGGGGGGAAUGGGAACUGUACCCUGCCCGUCAGCAGUGGCCCUCAGUGGGGCCCUGUACUGGACUUCCACACUGGUGCCCCCUACAGCUCGCUGGCUCCCCACUCCUUCAUCAAGCAGGAGCCCAGCUGGAGCUCUGGGGAUCCCCAGGAGGACCCUCACUGUGGCCUGAGUGCCUUCACCCUGCACUUCUCUGGCCAGUUCACUGGCACAGGGGCCUGCAGGUACGGGGCCUUCGGGGGCCCCCCUCCACCCAGUCAGCCCCCACCAAGCCAGCCAAGGAUGUUCAGCAAUGCACCCUACCUGACCAAUUGUAUGGACACCCAGCCCUCUUCCAGGAACCAGGGUUACAGUGCUUUCGAUGGUGCCACUAAUUACGGUCACACUCCCACACAUCACUCCUCCCAGUUCCUCAGCCACUCCUUUAAAGAUGAAAACUCCCUAGCUCAGCAGACCAGUAUGGGUGAGCAGCCGUAUUCUGUUCCUCCACCCGUGUAUGGAUGCCACACCCCAUCAGACAGCUGUACAGGCAGCCAAGCCCUACUGCUGAGGAACCCUUACAACAGCAGUGAUAAUUUAUACCAAAUGGCAUCUCAGCUGGAAUGCAUGGCAUGGAACCCUGUUAGCACGCUGGCUUCCACCAUUAAGAGCCAUGCUACGGGCUAUGAAAGUGACCCCAACCCUCCCAUGGUGUAUAGCUGCAGCACCCAGUACCGCAUCCACACCCACGGCAUCUUCAGAGGCAUGCAGGAUGUCCGACGGGUGCCAGGUAUCGCUCCAGCCAUUGUUCGCUCAGAGACCAAUGAGAAGAGGCCAUUCAUGUGUGCAUAUCCUGGCUGCAACAAACGAUACUUCAAGCUGUCCCACCUGCAAAUGCAUGGCAGGAAACACACAGGUGAGAAGCCCUACCAGUGUGACUUUACCGACUGUGGACGAAGGUUCUCCAGGUCAGACCAGCUCAAGAGACACCAGCGAAGACACACAGGGGUUAAACCGUUCCAGUGCGAGACGUGUCAGAGAAAGUUCUCGCGGUCUGACCACCUUAAGACCCACACCCGGACUCAUACAGGUAAAACAAGCGAGAAGCCCUUCAACUGCAGAUGGCCCAACUGUCAGAAAAAGUUUGCCAGGUCUGAUGAGCUGGUUCGUCACCACAACAUGCACCAGAGGAACCUGACCAAGCUGCAACUUGCCAUCUGAGCCAGAUCUGAACCAGACCACUCUGCUCUGCAUACACACUGGCCUCGCUGCUCUCUAACACUCUGCCUACAUGAGACUCUGAAUCUCCAUCUCGUUCAAUGAUGCCUGUAGCACAAAGGGGACACGCAGCAGAGCAGGUCUAUCCACUAGAUAGCACAGUCACAAAGUAAAACAUCACUGCGUUGUAAAGAUUCAUAAAAACAACAAUGAGCUUUUUAGUCUUAAUUUAAGGUAAGGGUUAGGUAUAAGGUUUUAAAGAAGAGAAAUUGUAGAUAUUUAAAGAAGAGAAAUUGUAGGAAUAGGCGGGGUUUAUUACUUUGUGGCUGUGGUAACAGAGCAGGGGGCUGACAGUCUUGUUCAUCUGCAUGUAGCUGUAGAGCCUCACCUACGCACAGUCCUCCAAACAGCCCCAUCUAAGGACGGUCCUCUGUCCAGAUGCUCUGAUCCAGAGGGUUAUUUUUAGUAAGACAUUUAAAGAGGAAAAAAAAUAGUUUCUGUCUCUUGUUGGUGUUGUAUACAGUAGAUGUGAAUGACUUUAUGCCUUUUUUUUCAUUUGUAGUGUUACUUUGAGCAGUUUCAGAUUAAUUUAUUAUUUUAUCAUACUUUUGUGAAUUAAAAUAUCUUUCACUGGAAUGAUUUCUGGAACGGGGGACAUUUUUUACUUUGGUCCAGCAGCAUGUUCAUCAUCGCUUUCGUUCAGUCCACAAAUUUGAUCUGCACCAGGUAGUUGAAUCAUAAAGCUACAGUAAGUCCGCUUCGGUCUGGGAUGUUGUCUGUAAAUAUUGUUUCACUUUGACUGUGGAUUUUGGGGAUGUGAGUUAAAAAAUAUACAUGUAUUGUCACACUGGCUAUGUGGCCAAGAAGUUGUGGUAUUAAAUUAUGUAAAUAAUAGUACUGGACAAUGGAUUGUAUUUGAAAAAAAUAUCCUUGCCAUGGAAACAUGUGACUUAACUAUUAUACUUUAGACUAGACCUACUUUGAUAGAUCCAGGAAAUGCUUUUUUACAGUUUUUCUCAACUGCUAAAACACUAAAACCCAUUGGCUGAACAAAGUUCUCAGUUGCCUGGACUCAUUUAGCUAAUUAUGCAGUCUGUUGUCAAUACCUUAAACCAUUUCACAUGGUAAAACACCAU